AUGGGAGAAGAAUCAGAAGAGAACCUGGCAGUAUGGCUUCUUGGUGUCAGAACACUUAAAAUACAACCCUACACUCUGUCUCCUCUUGGUCCCCGUGAUGUUAAAGUCCGGAUGAAGGCUGUUGGCAUUUGUGGAAGUGAUGUACACCAUUUCAAGAAUAUGAGAGUUGCAAAUUUCGUGGUUAAGAAGCCUAUGGUGAUGGGGCACGAGUGUGCCGGUAUCAUAGAAGAAAUUGGGAGUCAAGUGAAGUCACUGGCAGUGGGUGAUCGUGUAGCCUUGGAGCCUGGUAUAAGUUGCAGAAAAUGCUGUCUUUGCAAGAAUGGUAGAUACAAUCUAUGCCCGGAUAUGAAGUUCUUUGGCUCUCCUCCAACUAAUGGUUCUCUUGCCAAUCUGGUGGUGCAUCCUGCAAAUCUGUGUUUCAAGUUACCUGAUAACGUAAGCUUGGAAGAAGGGGCCAUGUGUGAACCUCUUAGUGUUGGCGUCCAUGCAUGUAGACGUGCAGGCAUCUGUCCUGAAACCAAAGCAUUGAUUGUGGGAGCCGGACCGAUAGGCCUCGUAAGUAUGCUGGCUGCUCGUGCUUUUGGAGCUCCCAGAAUAGUUAUUGUUGACAUUGAUGAACGCCGUUUAUCAUUCGCAAAAGACCUUGGCGCUGAUCAGACCAUUCAAGUUUCGAAAAAUAUUCAGGAUGUUCGAGAGGAAGUGGUGAAGAUACAGAAUGCAAUCGGUGCUGGUGCAGAUGUGAGCUUUGAUUGUGUUGGUUUCGACAAGACUAUGACAAUGGCUUUGGAUGCAACUCGUGCGGGUGGUAAAGUAUGCCUGGUCGGAUUGGGGCAGAGUGAGAUGAACCUCCCUCUUACUCCAGCCGCCGCAAGGGAGAUUGAUGUUAUAGGGAUAUUUAGGUAUCGGAAUACAUGGCCACUCUGUAUUGAAUUUCUCCGGGCUGGGAAAAUAGAUGUCAAGCCUCUGAUAACCCACAGGUUUAGUUUUACACAGCAGGGGGUUGAAGAGGCCUUUGAGAUCAGUUCUCAGGGUGGUAAUGCCAUUAAGGUCAUGUUUAACUUGUAGACAUAUCACAAACAUUGCAUCCCCGUGACAAGUCGGCUUGAUUGACGUGGUAUUGUAAGCUAGCAGUAAACUGACAACGUUCUCAAUCCUCGUGAGCUCUACCAAGAGAUAAGAACAGCCAAGAUUGCCAAUGGAAUCGGGGGGGAAAAAGCCUAAAGCCAAAGUUUAUUUCUUUGGAUUUCUGCAAAAAAUUUAUGUAAAUUUUGUCAACUGUUUGUAUUAGAUGAUCAUGCCUAAAGUCUAAAUACAUGUUUGAUGAUAAAAACUUGCUUAAAAUUAACCUUUAUUUAUUUUUUAAAGCUCA